AUGUGUUUCCUUGUCCUGAGUGCGGAAAGUGUUUCAGUUGGAAAAGCAAUCUUAAUGUACAUAGAAGAACUCACACGGACUGUGAGGGACGGUGCCGUCCUUCCAUCAGGUGAGAGGUUUCCUUGUCCUGAGUGCGGGAAGCUUUUCAAUUUGAAAGGCAAUCUUAAGAAGCAUAGAAGAACUCACACAGGAGAGAGGCCGUUCUCCUGUCCUGAGUGCGGGAAAAGUUUUUCUCAGAAGGGGCAUCUUUUAGCACAUCGGAGAUCUCACACGGGGGAGAAGCCGUAUUCCUGUGCUGAGUGUGGGAAAGGCUUUUUAAGGAAGUCCGAUCUUUCCAUACAUCAAGAAUCUCACGUUGAUAAAAAGCUGUAUCCUGAGGAAACUCGGACUGUGAGGGACGGUGUUGUCCUUCCAACAGAUAAGCCGUUUUGCUGUGCUGAGUGCGGGAAGUGUUUCAAAUUAAAAGGCAAUCUUAAGAAGCAUAAAAGAUUUCACACAGGUGAGAAGCCGCAUUCCUGUCCUGAGUGCGGGAAAUGUUUUUUUCAGAAGGGCCAUCUUUCAGCACAUCUAAGAUCUCACACGGGGGAGAAGCCGUAUUUCUGUGCUGAGUGUGGGAAAAGUUUUGCAAUGAAAUCAAUUCUUAUCACACAUCAAAGAUCUCACACCGGGGAGAAGCCGUAUUCCUGUCCUAUGUGCGGGAAAGGCUUUUCACAGAAGCAAAAUCUUGCCAGACACCAAAGGACUCAUGAGGCUUCUUGUUCUGAGUGUAGGAAAUGUUUUCUAAAAGAAUCAGAUCUUGUCACACAUCUGAAGUCUCACACGACGGAGAAGCGAUUUUCCUGUCCUGAGUGCGGGAAAUGUUUUUCACAGAAGUCCAAUCUUCGCACGCAUCAGAAAUUGCACACGGGUGAGAAGCCGUAUUCCUGUCCUGAGUGUGAGAAAUGUUUUGAAAAAGAUUCAUAUCUUGCUACACAUCUGAAGUCUCACAUGCCGGAGAAGCCAUUUUCCUGUGCUGAGUGCGGGAAAUGUUUUACACUGAAAUCCAAU